AAGUGAGAAAUGAUCUGGGAGUCUGGGAUUAUCUGAUGUCUGUGUUUCACCAUUCCCAUGGUCCUGAACACCACAGUGCCUGUACAUGGAUGGAAGGCAGGGGCCCCAGCACUUCCUAGAGAUUCAGACAGUAUUUUGUGUGUGUGUGUGUGGCGUCUGUCUGUGUGUGUUGGAACAGAGGGUGGGUAAAAAAGAGGGGAGCUUGAAUUCAACAGGAGCCCCAUUGCUUAGUGUUUGAGUAGAGUUUUGGCAUUCUCUCUUUUGUCUGUUUUGUUUUGUCCCCCCUUCCUCCUCCUCUCUCCCUCUGUGUCUGUUGGCUGAUGAGUUUGUCUUUGUCUGGAUUCAGUCAGACACUGCGUCACCUCCUGCCUACAGACACGCAGACUCAGAGAUAACAUCAGAGUGGCAGAGACAUGGGGAGGGCCGGUGGGAGAAGAGAGACAGAUGUACAGACAGAGCCUAGCAGUGGGGGAUGGGUAGCUCUCACAUCAAUCAUUGGCUGUGUGCCGUGGAGCCAGUCUGUAGCAGUUCAUAGUUCAACAAUCAGAGCCACUCUACCAAUGCUAAUGAGUGCCUGGAUCACUAUGGGAAAUGUGCCCAAACUAUUUUCACAUACCAUACUCCGCUAAAAAGUUAAUGCAGGAAUGACAGCCCUGUGAAUAUUAGAGGGUAGUUUUUUUUUUUUUUUAUGAUAGAUUUUAUUCCUCACCCUCUCACACACAGACCAUGCUCCUCAGUGGUGUGUUGCUCCAGGAUUAGAACAGAGGCUGUAAUUACCUCUGCCAGCCUCAGGUAACUGGAUGAAAGAUGUUCCUUCCAUCAUACUGAAUGGAAAGACUGGACAGGAAGGGGAGGGUAAUAACUAGAGGGCUAUGGAACCUAAAUGGUUGCAGUUUAUAUAUAUAUUUUUCCAUUCGAGAGAUAUUAAAAUGAUCAAAAUAAAACCUCCCGUUAACGUAUACUGAUGACAGGAAUGAGUGUACUGUCACUAACAACUGGAGAGGCCCUGUGCUCCCAUUCCAACCCUGUCAAGCUUGGGUGUAGAUCGGAGGGGAAAUGGGAUACUAAUGCAAUGAGCAGAGAUGCUGUAAAAUGCUGAGCGCCAUGUGAGGGGUUUAAGCAGACACAUAUGGGCUCCUUGGUAUGAGGCAUUGGCCUCCCCCUCAGAGCUGCUGGUAUGGAUAGAGAACAGUCAGAGCUGCGUAUGAGCAGGGAGGACAGAGGGUGAGCCAGGCUGUGCAGUGUGUGGGUGGUACUGAGAGAGGGAGAUACACUGCCUUGCAGGCUGCUAGUGGAAAGGAGUGCAGGCUGCUUCCCCCUGGGACUGCAGCAUGCCUGGAUAAGCGUGUGUGUUCGUUCUGCUUCUGUGAAAAUUGGGGGUCUGGUUGUGUGUGAGUACAUGUGUCAACGUGCGCUUUUGCGAUGUGUUGAUGCAGCAUUAUAUUGGCAUGUCAGUGAAUAUGAAAGCAUCCAUGUCAACUGCAUAUAGGCUCGGGGAAUGAUUGUGUUUAAAGGUUUAGGCCUUUCAUGUAUUCUAUGUUGUGUUUCUAUAACCAUCUUGGGGCCAGUGUAUUAUAGCAGCUAUGAUGGGUUUAUGUGUGUAGCUACGACUCCUUUAAUGCUGGAUAGGCUUGGUAUUCUAAUCUGAAGCACUUUCUUCAAUAUGCUAAGUGUAGUAGAUUGCUUGGAUUUUGUGGCUAGUCAGCACCUACACCAGGUAACUGAAGUGCAGGCUACACACCAGGCUCUCUGGUGUUUAUGCCCUCCAUGUUAAAUAUUACAGGUCUGUGCUCUAGAAAUGUCUUCCCCCGACUUCAUGAUCACGCUCCGCCUUGCACUACUGACCUGUCAAUCUUCUGUUCCAGGGCUGUCAUUCCUAUGCCUAUCACGUUUUACCUCCAAGGCUUUGUCUGCUGGCUGUAUUUUCUUGCAUUGUCUUGUAAUAUAUCAACUUUCUUUUUAUACACACCUGACUCUCAAAUCUAUGUCAUUGAGGAUUGCCUCAAUCAGGAAUCCGAUGGGAAAGUGACCGCCCAUUUUGCCUUGGUUCUUCGAUCUUCCGGUUUUUGAAUGGGCUUCAAGGUUAUAUAACCAAAUUUUAUAGUAUACAGUAUAAAAGUUAAGUAAACGAGUGCAUAAUUGUACAUUGAUUUCAUCCACAUUUUUUCGUUAGCUAGACCUACUAGAAUAGUUCUGUUGUGAUAAUAACGUUAGUUGUGUUGUCAGAGUUAAGGGCCAGGCACCAAGCCAAUAACUAUAAAGAUAAACUAUAGGCUACGUAACUAUAACACGCUGGUGAGCAACCACACUAGAGGAAAGUUUUUAUUGUUCUGAAGUCCUACACCUGUCAAUCAACUGAUCAACGCAUCCUACUGCACGCUGUCUAUUAAUAAGGUGACCAUGCGUUCUCUAACACACAGAUACUGGUUCAGACCAUUCAGUGCUUUCAGGGUGUGUUCAUUGUCAUAGUGACAACUGCAAAUAAUACAUCAAUGUAGGCCUAAUGUAAAACAAUAUACUAACUCCUACUGUAUUUAAAUGUAUCAUUUCAGCAACAAAUGUCAUAUUGCCUGCAUAUCUAUUACACCAUUGCUCAAGUGGUUUGCAAAUGACUUCCAUUUUUAUAAUGGUUGUCAAUUUCUUUGGGUCUUAUUUUUCACUGUGCUCAUCUCUCUGUCCCGUGCAACUAUUUGCAAUGCAUCAGUGCAACAGUGUUAUCAUAAUAAGUGGUCAAAAGUAAUCACACCAAUGCACUUUCUCUCCUCAACAAUCCGUAGGUACUGCAGGAUUUUGUUCCAACUAGGCACCACACCUGACCAACUGAGCUAAUUGAUCAGUUCAAUGUUUGUCUAAAUUCAACACACCUGAUCCUCCAGGUCAAUUAAAUAAAAAACAUGAAGUGCCUGCGGGACUCCAGGACCGGUGUUGUCUACCCCUGCUAUAGCCUGUUGUGAAUGACAACUGCUGGAAAGAGAGGCUGGUAAUGUGUAGCUGAUGUAAUAAGCUAAAUAUUUACCAGUCAGAGUGCAAGAAAAAACAUUUUACUGUUAUCAUUUGAGUGCACAGUUAUUGUCCCUUUGAUGUAGGCUAAUUUGAAUAACACCUCAAACGUCCGAUUUUGUAAAAAGAUAACUGCAUAUGCCUACAGCCUAGGCCUGGUUAUGCAACCAUUUGGAUCAGUUUGGGACUAUUCUCCACAGUUAAGAAGGUCCAGAAAGGUACAUAAGCAGGCCACGCGUGUGUUCUGUCAGAAUGUAGCCUAGUGUUAAGAUAGGCCUACUAUAGGAAAAUAUGGGCUUCUCCUUUCCAACUCCCUGCCCGUUCUUAAUGCUGUAGCCUAUUUUACUAUCCGCAAGCAUGUAUCUCUCCUCUAAUAGGCUAUUAGUAGGCUAAAGAAAAUACGUCGAAAUAAGUGUCCAACAAGCUUUUGUGGUCUGGCUUUUUCUGGGACCACAAGAUUUAAGAGGAAGAGACCCCAGGUGUGUAAUUGCGCAACAGACUGACAGGCAUGGGAUGUGGACUGUCUCCUAAAUUAGAAACGUAUGCAUAUUAACCCAUAAUUCAUAAGCUCAAUGUUACAUUUAUUCACUGCGGUAUAAAGCCUAUCCUACCUAGGCUACAACAACACAAUGUAACGAAUCAUUUUGUUUUCAAUUGAGUACAAAACUCUAGUCUAGGCUGUAGUAUUUUUCACUGUAGUUUGUCUUUUGAAUAAUGCUCAAAAGCCUAUCGUUUUUAUAUGUUAAUUUAGAAAUGGCUGCAUUUAGCUUGCCUGAUUGGGCAACCAUUUGGAUCAGUUCUGGGGUUUUACUCAGCUGUUAGCCUACAAGGUCCAGGCACAUUAGCAGGCCAGUAAUAUGGUGUAUUUUUUGUCAGGAUUUAUCCGCGAAAAGAAACAUGCUAAUGCAGGGAUUUCUAGUGGCUCGAAUAUGAAUUAUGAUAAGGAAGUUGUAUCCAUAGUUUCUGCAUUUGGCUUCCGUGUUUUAAGUGUUUGAAAAUCAGGUGGAUAUGCCUAGUUCACCCCUCCCUCUGAUGGUCCUAUCAUCUCCCUGUGACUCCUCUGUUCACAGGGCCCUUCCACAGCACCGGCUUUGCAGGCCCCCUUCACACUAUUAACAUGGAUGGCAGGGACGAUUUCAUUGAGGACAGCGAAUGCCACAGCAACAAUUCCCAACAGGACAGCAUUUCAGGGCUGUGUUUGCCUCCAUAGAAGACAGUGAUAGCGACCUGGACAACCACGACUCAUCCUCCAACACCUCAGCUGACGACCACAUGACCUCCACCAAGAGAACACACCACAGGGGAGUUAAAGAAGAGAGUGAGGAGGGGGCCGACCUGAUGAGCAGCUGUGUGUGUCCUCUGUGCACCCUGGAGUUCAGCAGCCCCGAGCAGCUCAUCACACACGUCUACCAGCACACAUCGUUGAUGGGCAGCAGUAAGAACUACGUGUGUCCAGUGUGUGGGCGCACGCUCAGCUCGCCAGGCUCCCUGGGGCGCCACCUUCUCAUCCACUCUGAGGACCGCCUCUCCAACUGUGCUGUGUGUGGGACACGCUUCACCGACACCAACAACUUCAACAGGGAGAAGCUCAGAGAGGUCCUGAACACAGGCAGCAGUAUGGAAUGCAGCAGCGGAGAUGAGAACUGUUCCAUGUCCCGGUCUCUCUCCGGCAGCCCCAUGGGCAACCCCGGUCAUGGCCUGGGACAGGGCCACGGGCCCAGCCACAACCAAGGACACAACCCUGGCCGUGGCACAGGCCACAUCCCGGGACACAGCCACGGCCCGGGAUACAACCCCGGCCACAACCAAGGACAAGGACAUGGCCCAGGACACAACCAUGGCCAAGGUCUCGGACACCUCCCAGGCCACCCACUCCCUUCACUGCACCACAGCCUCCUCUCUUCACCCCCCUCCUUCCCUGACACCCUCAGCCCCUCACCAGGCCUACCCCUGCUGCCAGACAUCCUGAGCCCCAUGCCUGUGCACCCGGCCGGAGUGCUGCUGGUGUGCAACAGCUGUGUGGCCUACCAGCAGCUGGUGGACGCCCAGUCUCCCAUGAGGAAGUGGGCCAUGCGCAGGAAGAACGAGCCGGUGGAGGCACGCAUGCACCGUCUAGAGCGCGAGCGCUCCGCCAAGAAGACCAAGCGGGAGCACGAGUCACCCGAGGAGCGGGAGCUGCGGAGGCUGCGGGACCGCGAAGCCAAGCGGAUGCAGAGGCUGCAGGAGACAGAGGAGCAACGGACACGGAGGCUUCUGCGCGACAGGGAGGCCAUGCGGAUGAAGAGGGCCAACGAGACGCCAGAUAAGAGGCAGGCCAGGCUGAUCCGUGAGAGAGAGGCCAAGAGACUGAAACGGCGGCUAGAGAAGAUUGACCCCUCCCUGAGAGGUCAGAUAGAGCAUGACCCAGCUGCCAUGGCUGCCCUGACGGCAGACAUGAGCCUGUUCCAGUUCCCCUGCCCCAUGCCUGUCCCCUCUCUGGACAACAGCCUCUUCAUGAAGCUGCCCUAGCAGGACCAGGUCACUGGGGGCAGCACACUGGGCCACUAACAGUUAUAAUGGCCUCUCCACUAUGCCUGUGGGUUGCCAUGGCCACAGAUGGAACCAUUCCAUGCUGGUUGAAAUUCCAGCAGCUUCUGUGUCCAACGACUUGAUACCCGAACUCCUGUGUCAGCAAAUAACAUUAAUUUAUUACAGACCAGCAGGAAAUAAGAGCAGGUUCAAGAAUGUUUCACUUAAUGGUAGGUAUUGAUAAAGCAUGUUGUAAAGAGAUUUUAUCUGUUCUGUGUGACAGGAGGAGUUACACCCUUCCAUCUUUUGCACAUGGACCUUCAGUGUUGGGAAUGAGUCACGUAGCCCAUAGCUCUUUCCCUCGCCUCGAGUCCCUUCUGCUAGCCCAGUCGCUGGAGUUUACCGGUAGCUACACCUCUCUCUGUCUCACGCUGCCAACGUGGGUCUCUGCUCUGGCUAGCUCAUAUCCACCCAAUCAACUACCUCAGUAAGGGGCUGAGGCCGAGCCCUCUGUGGCCUACGUUCUGACUCCAAGCUUCUUUACACGUUACACUACAGAAGAGAAUGCAGGUUUUUUCCUUAGUUUGAGGGUGUGUUUAUAUCUUUAGGACGUAUUCACAGCUCACCAGGAGAAUAUUCAACAGGACAGAACAUUCAGUAAGACAGUCAGAAAUGUACUGUAUAAAAUGGGAACGAUAGAAAAUGGGCCUGUUCUAUACAUCACAUUUCUAUCCGCUAUGCUCUGAAUAUGCUGUACUAUUUAAUGAGCCCUGUUUUAAGCAACAUUGUCCUCCAUUCCAGCAUAUUCUCUUCAACUCAAAAUAUACUGCCACUACUGUAGGUCUCUUUGCCUUUUAUUAGUCACGUUGACCUUCCUCAAUCUGUUUUUCCCUCGUACCUUCAACACUCAACCUUUGCCAAGUAGUUGGUAAUAAUUUACUUUUUACAUCUUCUGUUGCAUUGACAUUUUUGGCUCAUCAAACCAAUCUUUGCUGCUGUUACUGUUCUGUAUAUGUUAGUUACCUCUAGGACAUUUAGGACUCAACAUGUGAACUGAGAGUGCUAAUUUACUUGCAUUUUUCUAAAUGCCCCAAAUUGUCAUAUUUCCUUCCUCACUUAGCCAACGUAUUGAAAUAUGCUCAUACAGUUGAAGUGGGAAGUUUACAUACACUUAGGUUGGAGUCAUUAAAAAUAGUUUUUCAACCACUCCACAAAUUUCUUGUUAACAAACUAUAGUUUUGGCAAGUCGGUUAGGACAUCUACUUGGUGCAUGACACAAGUCAUUUUUCCAACAAUUGUUUACAGAUGAUUUCCCUUUUAAUAAAAAAAAUAAAAAAAUAAAAUUCACUGUAUCACAAUUCCAGUGGGUCAGAAGUUUACAUACACUAAGUUGACUGCCUGGAAAAUUCCAGAAAAUUAUGUCAUGGUUUUAGAUGCUUCUGAUAGACUAAUUUACAUAAUUUGAGACAAUUGGAGGUGUACCUGUGGAUUUCAAGGCCUACCUUCAAACUCAGUGCCACAUCAUGGGGAGAUCAGCCAAGACUUCAGAAAAAAAUUCCACAAGUCUGGUUCAUCCUUGGGAGCAAUUUCCAAACGCAUGAAGGUACCACGUUCAUCUGUACAAACAAUAGUACACAAGUAUAAACACCAUGGGUCCACGCAGCUGUCAUACCGCUGAGGAAGGAGAUGCUUUCUGUCUCCUAGAGAUGAAUGUACUUUGGUGCGAAAAGUGCAAAUCAAUCUCAGAACAACAGCAAAGGACCUUGUGAAGAUGCUGGAGGAAACAGGUACAAAAGUAUCUAUAUCCACAGUAAAACGAAUUCUAUAUCGACAUAACCUGAAAGGCCGCUCAGCAAGGAAGAAGCCACUGCUCGAAAACCGUCAUAAAAAAGCUAGACUACGGUUUGCAACUGCACAUGGGGACAAAGAUUGUACUUUUUGGAGAAAUGUCCUCUGGUCUGAUGAAACAAAAAUAGAAAUGUUUGGCCAUAAUGACCAUCAUUAUGUUUGGAGGAAAAAGGGGGAUGCUUGCAAGCUGAAGAACACCAUCCCAACCGUGAAGCACAGGGGUGGCAGCAUCAUGUUGUAGGGGUGCUUUGCUGCAGGAGGGAUUGAUGCAAUUCACAAAAUAGAUGGCAUCAUGAGGCAGGAAAAUGUUGCUUCAAUAUAUCCACAUCUCAAGACAUCAGUCAGGAAGUUAAAGCUUGGUGGCAAAUGGACAAUGACCCCAAGCAUACUAACAAAGUUGUGGCAAAAUGGUUUAAGGACAACUAAGUCAAUGUAUUGGAGUGGCCAUCACAAGGUCCUGACCUCAAUCCUAUAGAAUAUUUGUGGGCAGAACUGAAAAGGCGUGUGCAAGCAAGGAGGCCUACAAACCUGACCCAGUUACACCAGCUCUGUCAGAAGGAAUGGGCCAAAAUUCACCCAACUUAUUCGGGGAAGCUUGUGGAAGGCUACCCGAAACGUUUGACCCAAGUUAAACAAUUUAAAGGCAACGCUACCAAAUACUGAGGGCGUGUAAACGUCUAACCCACUGGGAAUGUGAUGAAAGAAAUAAAAGCUGAAAUAAAUCAUUCCCUCUAUUAUUCUGACAUUUCACAUUCUUAAAUAAAAUUGAUCUUAACUGGCCUAAGACAGGGAAUUUUUACUAGGAUUAAAUGUCAGGAAUUGUGAAGCACCGAGUUUAAAUGUUUUUGGAUAAGGUGUAUGUAAACUUCCGACUUCAACUGCUUGUGUCAGGGUAAAAGCUAUAUUUUGAAUAACUUUGCAUUUUUCCAGUGAUCUCACUUUGCAGAGUUCAACUCUCCAAUGAGCAUGUUCUAGACUCAUUAUUAAAUCUGUUGACCCUUGACCAGUUGGGAGAGAUCUCUGGUCUUAUCUGUUUCAUUGACCUCAUUCCAAUUGAUAUUUAUGCAACAUGUGAAUAUAUAUUUUGUAAAGAAAAUUGGGGGAUAUUUUUUUGGUUUGGUAUAUAAUAGAUGAAAGUACACAUUUUGCCAUGUUUGGUUCUAUACUGUAUGUAUUUAUUUCCCUUCUCUUUGGUCAUAUGUUCUCAAUUUCUUGCCACAAAGGUUACCUCCGAUACACAAUGUUUCACAACUGAGCUCUGCAGACACAUAUUGACAAUGUUACAGUACAUGAUUAGUUUUCUGGAGUAGUCCUUAAGAUAGGAACUAAGCCGGUUCUCAGUUUGAGCCACUACCAGGCUAAAGCCCAGAACAGAAUAGCAUCCCGCUCAACAGGGAAAAGCUAUUAUAUUCUAAUUGUCCUUAAGUCUAGGAGUGGUUCAAACCUCUAUGCAACAGUGCUGUUUAUUCCAAGGGAAAUUUGACUCUUAAAACUAUGCAGAGUGCAGGAAAAAACAAAUGGACUCAAAUGUAUAGAAUUGUGCAACUCAGGCAAUGCAACUCAGCGAGGCUUCUUUGGCCAUAGAUUCAGCGCCCUGGUCCAUGAACUUCUUUUCAGCAGGGUCAUAUCACUAUCCUAAUUUAAGAUACACAGAGAGCAGAGCCAUGCUCAAGACAAAGUUGUCACACACGGUCAUUAUCUUUGCUAUAAAAUCUGUAACAACAUUUCUGCCAUGUACUGAAGGUAUGGACACCUUUUCAAUAAUGAAUACUGGGUAUUCUGACUGAUUUGAACUGGCAGCUGAUAUUAGUGUCAUCAUCCUUACACAGUGGAAUAAUGCAAUAGAAAAUGUGGAGUAUGCUCUUCUUUGACAUUAAAAUACUACAAAAGGAAAUUGUAUGGACAGUUUCCCAGGUUCUGUUUGUGCUUUUGAACAGCACUAUCUAAAGCUCUGCCUAGCGUGACAGUCUGGAUUAGGUUAACACUGCAUGUCGUGAAACUGCAUAUGUUCUAGAAUGGUUCAAUAUGAACUUGUAUUCUACUGUUAUUCUAUGCCUGCCUGUUUUUGUUCAAUUUAAUCAAGAUGUUCUUUGAACUUUGGCCUUUUUACUAGUCUAUCAGGAUAUUCUCUUGAUGUCCAUGUUUACAAAGGAAAUCCUUUUAAGAAGGCCAAAAUCAAUGAGGGUAAACAAAAGUGAAAAACAACACUUUACGCUCGUUCUGUUGUCACUGCUCAGAACGGUACUUUUACAGCAGCCAUUCUGCUACUGGAUUAACAGAUGUACAGAUCAUGUUAAAAGCAGGAAUAGAAUGUGGAAAUAAACAUGACUUUGACACCCGCGCUGUG